AUGCCUGCCUCUACCCCAGAAACCCACCCCUACGACCUUCCAAAACUACGCGUCUCAUUCACGCCAGAAGAUGACACGCGAUUCCUCUCACAAGAGGACAACGUACCAGAGUAUUUUGCUGUCCAGUUUUGCCCGUAUCAGCCAGUCGACGCAGAUCCAGUAUUUGCCGCUGUCAGCAAGAAGCACGUUCUUCUGUGCCGGUUGACGGCCAGCGACGACACCCAACCAUAUACCAUCAUCAAGGUCAUUCGCGAUGACGAUGAUAAGGAGACAGGCAAGCCAUACCUGUGCCUCAGUGGUGAGGAUGCCAAAAUCAAGAUUUACGAUGUCACUGAGGGCACGCUCGUCAACGUUCUGGUCGGCCAUGGAGGCGAUAUCAAUGACAUGGUCACUUCGCCGAUCAACCCUCUCGUCAUUGCAACUGCUUCAGAUGACACGACCAUCCGCAUCUGGAGUUUAGAUCCCGACCAUAAGGACAUGCCAUGCCGCUGUAUCCUUGGUGGCGAAGGUCACCAAUGGAGUUUGCUGACUCUGGCGUUCCAUGACAGCGGACGUUACAUGCUCUCCGCGGGGCAUGAUCAGAUUGUGAAUCUAUGGACGCUGCCAGACCUUCCUGCGGGAACUAUCCAGCAACCUUUGGAAGUCCACUAUCCUCACUUCUCCACGAAUGAAGUCCAUAGCGGUGUCGUCGACUGCGUCGCCUUCUUCGGCGAUUGGAUCCUCUCUCGUGCCUGCCACGACGAUAUCAUUGCACUCUGGCGCAUCGAAGGCUUCUCUUCCAAAGACCCACCGCCUCCCCCUGAGUCAGCCCCGACGACCAUCAAUCCUGAGAUGCUGACGCGGUCCGCCUUCACCAAGGAUUCGCCUGACCAGCACGCCUCACAUUCCCAGUACACCCGCCUCCUCACCUUCUUCACCCCCGGGUCUGGUAACAUGUUCUUCAUGCGGUUCAAGCUCCACCACAUGCCCGGCCAUCACCCAGUGCUCGCGUUCUGCAAUGCUAAUAGCAAGAUAUUCUUCUGGGACCUGACCCGCAUCACGAGCUACCACGACUGGACCCGAGGGCUCAUGCGCGCCAACGGCGACCGAGCCCUCAUGCCCGAACGCCCGGCCUGGCUGACACCCAUUGUGCAUCGCGCCAGACCGGAGGGUAAGCAGAAGCCCGAGCUUACGGUUCGCGAGCGUAGGGCCGCCGACGCGCCACCCAAAGGUAUCGAGCUCAUCCCCGGCAUGGCCGAGUUGUACAGCAAGGAGACGCUGCAGUCGUGGGACGGCAAGUACAAUGCCGGCGACCCGCACACACCGCUGCAGGCCCAUCGUGUCGAGUCGAUCGGCGUCAAGGGGUUUGUUGGACGGUACGCGGCAUGGAGCCCCAGUGGCGAGUGGUGUGUGAUCGUUGGUAGCAUCAACCUCGGCCUCAUCCUGCAGCGGUGGGCGCCGGCGUGA